CUCGCCCCGCCCGCCCGCGGCUCCCCUGCCCAGGCCGGGAGGUAGGAAGGCGCCGGCGGGAAUCGGGAUCCUGCUUGGGGUUUGUGAGUUGGGGUGGGAAGUUCCGCGCGAUGAGGUGAGGCGCGUGUUCCUGAGAUCGCGUGGGAACUGCCCGGAGCCCUUUUCUGCCCCGGGGCCGGAGUUUGCGCGGGGGACGCAGCCGAAGUGUGGAGCUGGAACUUUCUCCGGAGUUAGGGGCCUGGGGAUGGUCUGCGGCUGGGGGAGCGCGCGGGGUGGCCGGGGGCUGCGGAUGUGGGAGCGAAGGAGCGACCACGGGUCUUCUGUUAGUUCGACCCCUGGGCCAUCCUUCGUGCAAGUAUCCGCCCUGUGGGCAUGUGGCCCCCACACGGAGCAGGGCAGGAGCGGGAGUGGCCAAGGGAGAGCCAUAGGGCCCCUUGGACCUUCGGCCAUUGGUCUUCCGAGGAUUGGUGACUGGGCCCAGAUGGGGGAUCCCCGGACUGGGGCCCCCCUGGAUGAUGGCGGGGGCUGGACAGGUAGCGAGGAAGGCAGCGAAGAGGGCACCGGAGGCAGCGAGGGCGUUGGAGGUGAUGGCAGCCCUGAUGCAGAAGGUGUGUGGAGCCCCGACAUUGAGCAGAGUUUUCAGGAGGCCCUGGCCAUCUACCCUCCCUGUGGCCGUCGCAAGAUCAUCCUGUCAGAUGAGGGCAAGAUGUAUGGCCGGAACGAACUCAUUGCCCGUUACAUCAAGCUGAGGACAGGGAAGACGAGAACGCGAAAGCAGGUCUCCAGCCAUAUUCAGGUUUUGGCUCGAAGGAAAUCGAGAGAAAUUCAGUCCAAGCUGAAGGACCAAGUCUCCAAGGACAAGGCCUUCCAGACGAUGGCCACCAUGUCUUCGGCACAGCUCAUCUCCGCCCCUUCCCUCCAGGCCAAGCUGGGCCCUUCUGGCCCUCAGGCCACUGAGCUUUUCCAGUUCUGGUCAGGGAGCUCUGGGCCACCAUGGAAUGUUCCAGACGUGAAGCCCUUCUCACAGGCACCGUUCUCCGUGUCACUGACGCCCCCAGCCUCUGACCUACCAGGGUACGAGCCGCCCCCAGCCCUCUCACCCCUGCCCCCACCCGCUCCGUCUCCCCCAGCCUGGCAGGCUCGGGCCCUGGGCACUGCCCGCCUGCAGCUGAUAGAGUUCUCAGCGUUUGUGGAACCGCCAGACGCAGUUGACUCGUUCCAGAGGCAUCUGUUUGUCCACAUCAGUCAGCAGUGUCCCAGCCCUGGAGCACCACCCCUAGAGAGUGUGGACGUGCGGCAGAUCUACGACAAAUUCCCUGAGAAGAAGGGCGGCCUCCGCGAGCUGUAUGACCGAGGGCCACCACAUGCCUUCUUCCUCGUCAAGUUCUGGGCGGACCUGAACUGGGGCCCCAGUGCCGAGGAGGCAGGGAGCAGCGGAGGUGGCGGUGGCUUCUAUGGAGUGAGCAGCCAGUAUGAGAGCCGGGAGCUCAUGACACUCACCUGCUCCUCCAAGGUCUGCUCCUUUGGCAAGCAAGUGGUAGAGAAGGUGGAGACGGAACGGGCCCAGCUGGAGGACGGGCGCUUUGUGUACCGUCUGCUGCGCUCUCCCAUGUGUGAGUACCUGGUUAAUUUCCUGCACAAGCUCCGUCAGCUGCCUGAACGCUACAUGAUGAACAGUGUCCUGGAGAACUUCACCAUCCUCCAGGUUGUGACAAACAGGGACACUCAGGAACUGCUGCUGUGUACUGCCUACGUCUUUGAAGUCUCCACCAGUGAACGAGGAGCCCAGUACCACAUCUACCGCCUGGUCAGGGACUGAUGGAGCCCCCGCCGCUGGUGUUUUUCACAACACCCCCUUCCUGGGAAGGGCCCUUUUGCUCUCUCUGUAAGAGAGAUUUGGAGAGGGGCCCAUGAUUUUUAAAAAGGCCUAAUCUCAGAAGCAUGAGCCACGGGGGCUGGCUCCUCUUAGAAAGGAACCGGAAGCCUGGUUAUUGAGCUGAGUGAGCUGGGUUUGAGUUUAGAUCCCCAACACGAGGACCUCAGAGACAACAUUUGACAGGACACACCACUCCUGAGCAUCAGGGAUUGGGGACAGGAGUGAGCUCACAGGUACAGCACGGGCCUCCGUUCUACAGGGCCCCUCCUUGCUCUUCUGGAAAGGGAGCUGGGCUAUGUGGGGUGUCUUACUGACUGCCUUGUAACCUUCCUGCUUCCCACGUGUCUCAUAUCUGCCUCUCCCCCCACACCCUUUCUCUGGGAACUGUGACGUCACAACCCGAAGAUAAUGUUUUCCCAGCUUGGGGUAGGGUGAAGUGGGACCUGAAAAAAAAUUUUAAUAUAAGGAGAUAUUUAUACACAG